AUGUUUAAAUUUAUUAUUGUGGUUUUCAUUUCAUUUGUGGCUCUUUCUGCCGCUACAAAUGUGAAAAGGUGCAAAAAUGGUCAACCUUUCCCCUUAAGCGUUGAGGUAGAAGGAUGUACUGAACCUCCAUGUGAUGUUAUCAAAGGUACCACAGCCGUUAUGGAUGUACAUUUUGUGGGAACUAAAAAUGAUAUACGCUCCUUGAAUGCCAAAGUACUAGCCACAGCUUUGGGUAUUACCGUUCCCUAUGAAUUGCCUGAGGAUGUUGCAGAUGUUUGUUCUAAUUUGUUGGAUGGCGCCACCUGUCCUAUUGGCAAGGAUGAAGAUGUUGUUUAUAAAUUCAAUUUUCAUGUUGACUCUUACUAUCCGGAAAUUCCUGUUGCUGUUCAAGUUUCUUUGAAUGACGAAAAUGAUGAAUCUGUGGCAUGUUUCAUUUGUGAUAUUAAAGUUAAAAAGGGUGCCAAUUAA